AUGAAAAUGCAGAGUUUCUUUUCGAACCCGCAUAGUCAAUUUGAGCCAUAGAUUGAAUCUUGUUUAGUAGAACUUAAAACAUAUUUCAAAAAUAUGGAGACAUGGGAUUAAGAAAGUCCUAAUAUAUAAUUGUACUUUGAUCGACUAUAAGAACUUUGGCAUAAUUUUAAAAAGAAGAAGAAUUCUACUCCUCAAAAUUUGCAAUGGGCAUAGUAAUAAUUAAAAGAGAUUAUUUCUGAAUACAAUGAAAUUGAAAAUUAUUAGAGUAGUGAUUACAGAUCAGAAAACAUGUAACUUAAAAAUGAAGUUAACAUGCUUAAGAUGCAAUUAGAUUGUAUGUAAAGGAAACAGCAAAAAGAAAGAAUAGAUACCUAACAUUUUUAGAGAGCCGCUGAGGAGUUAAAAAAUAAAAAUUAAACGAUCAAAAAAUUAUAAAAGGAAGUUUAACGAUUAGAAGAAAAGCGUUAAGAAGACUAAAAGAGACACUCAGAAAUGAUCCAAAAUGUAAAAAAAAAUUAAAUACAAAAUAAACCUUUUGAUGUUAAGCAACUAGAAGAAGAAAAUAUGAGAUUAAAAAGCAUGAACAUAGAAUUAAUGCAAGAAGUUUAAAAUUUAAAAGAAUAAUUGAAAGGCAAGGAUUUUCUAAUUUAAGAUACAAGAGAGUUAGAAAAGAAGAGAGAGGAAGUCUAGAAAUUGCAAACAGAAAAUAGAUCUUUAGAAGAAUAUAUUUCAUAACUUCAAGACCAAUUAAAUUUAGGUAAAUAAAAUGACUUAGAAAAUUAAAUUGGAUAAUUGGAUACUAAAAUUAAAUAGUAAUCAACUUAAUUGCAAAAGGCGAAUGAUGAAAAUAAAAUCCUAUAAAAACGCAUUGAGUAACUAAAAUAAUAGAAUCAAAAAUAAAUUCAAAAAACAUUAGAACCUUUUGGAAUCCGGAUUCUGCCAGAAAUCAAAGGAGUUUAAUCUCACUUUAAUGCUGUUAUGCAUUUAUUAGAAGCAAUAACACCUUUUUCAGCUGUAUUAACUGUUACAGAUAAAGUAAGUUCAAUAAUUCUCAAGUUCAUCACAUAUAUUCGAAAAGAAGCAGAGCAAUUUUCUCCAUAAACAGCGAUUUAAUUGUAAGAAUUGUUAAGAAUUGAAUUAUAAAAUGAUAAUAGAGCCAAUGAUUUCUUAUUUUAGAUAAUCGAUCAUCUCUCAAAAGCAAUAAUAAAACAGGAUGAUUAAAAAUCUUAAAUAGCAUCAAUUAUACAAACCUAAGAUUCUCCUAUAUAUGAUCAAUUUUUCUUUUUAUAAAGAGUUUUUCCAAUGGAUUUAGAAAUUCAAUAAAAUGAGGUACCAUUAAUUAAUAGUAUAAAACACAUUCGAUAUUUUGACGCCAUAAUAUAGCCAGGAAUUGAAUUUUUUACAUAUUUGCAAGGGUUAAUUAAAUUUGAAGGAUAAGAAAAUGUAAUUGAUAAUAAUGAAGGAGAUUUUAAUUUCUUGAUUUUUCCAUAAUACUUAAUACUUAAUGUUUGUGAAUUAUCCUUAUAAAAGGCAGACGUUAAAAUAUCAUUUAAGUUACCAUCAAGUUGUUUAAAUUAAAAUUCCUAAGAUUUUGAGUAUUCGUUGAUAUCAAUUGUUCAUUGUAGCGAUGGUUUAGAUGGAUAACCUACAUACUCAAUAACGUUAUGCAAAAAUAAUAAUUGGGUGUAAAUCUCUAAUGAUAAUGCAAUAUCUAUUUCCAUAAACGAAUUACUUACAUUUAAAUAACCAUAAAAUGAUAAAGAAUUAUUAAUUUACAAAAGAACUAAAAAAUGA